AAUCCUCAUUUAAACCAGAAUGCCUGGAAUAACCUUGAAAAGUACAGCAGAAGCUUGGUAAAGCACAACAAGAAUGUCUACGUCUGCACAGGACCCCUUUACCUGCCCAGGAUGGAGGCCGACGGGAAGAUGUAUGUUAAGUACCAGGUGAUUGGGAAGAACAAUGUGGCUGUCCCCACCCAUUUCUUCAAGGUACUCAUCCUGGAAAAGGAGAGUGGGGAGAUUGAGUUGCGUUCCUACGUGAUGCCCAACAGUCCUGUGGAUGAGAAAAUCCCCCUGGAACGGUUCCUGGUUCCCAUUGAGAGCAUCGAGCGAGCCUCAGGGCUCCUCUUCGUUCCAAACAUCCUGAAGAGGACAAGUAACUUGAAAGCUAUCACAGCUGGAAACAAGCAUUGA